GUUUAUGUGGACUUCUAAUUUCAGCUGUAUACAGUUUACGCUUUCAGACAAAACGAGCGCAAAGUGUCACAGAAUGCAUUAUCGGAUCCAAAUGCGGCUGCGCGCUGACAGCCGCCUCUAAGGUAUUAGAGCGUCGUUACCAUGACAACCUGAAUUCGUUAGUCCUCGAAGAGAAACUGAUGAAAGCGACGCAAUACAGCCGCUGUUCGUAAAGAGUUUGUAAAACCGCUGGAGAAACAGAGAGAAAUUAAUGAUGGACGAGGGAAAAACUGCCGGUGCGCCAACAGUCACCGAAGAGUCCAAACGUGACGAAGAUCUGAAAGCCUCCGACGAGGCUGUCGCUUUCAUGGCCUCCAUUGAGCCAGAGGAGCUGCAGAGGUGUGUGUUUCCAGAGUCUCUGGUGCCGAUGUCUGAUGGGGGCAGAGUCCUGGGAGAGUUCAGCGUGUCUGUGGAGUUUACCCGCAGAGUCCUGCAGCCCUGCCUGCUGCUGCAUGCCCAGAGCCACGGAGCUAUCGACGGCUCCCCCUGUGGAACAACAGUGACAGCCUACCUAACUGUUGACUUGGAGGUCCUGGAGGAAGACUACCAUGAGUAUAUCAAGCUUGACAAUCACAGUGUUGAAAAGAGAUGUCACAUGGUGCAGCACGACAGGCAGAUGAUGAUCAAUAAAUGCACCACAGUGGGAGAGGAAAUGACCAAGGAGUGUGUAUCCUAUCCCAUGUCUGCCCUGAGAGGCCUGGUCACUGAGGGAUCCAGCCUGCUGUUGAUGCGCCUGAUGGCUCUGAGGAAGAAGGUCCCAGAGAACAUGAUCUUUAUCAUCUUAGACCAAUGUUUACAUAUAAAUCAGACCACUUUUAGUGAGCUGGGCGUGAAGCGGAUAGAGGUUUGUGGUGAGGUAUUUGGGGUGCAAAGGAUGGUUGGUUCUGUGAAGGCCAGCUCCUCCACCUGGCAGUGCUACUUCCUGGAUGAUGGUCGCCUGGCCAGCAGAAAACAGGUGGGGUCUCCAGUCACAAUGAAGCUUCUGCAGCAGCCUGCAAAGACAGACAAAGGUCCUGAGAAAGUCUCCCUAGUGUGGGAAGAAGACAUGCAGUUGCACUCGCAGUACCUGGAAAGAAAGGACAAACUGAAGGCAGAACAUGCUUCAUACCUAAGGGAGCAGCCAGAGAUCCGAGCCCUCCUCUCCGAAUUUAUGCAGGACUUGCUAAUUAUGAAACCGGACAACAUCUACCAGUUUGCUCGAGAAUAUUUCCUUUCUUUUUCCUCCAGCCGUUCCUCAGACUCUAAUCUGAAAACCCGCUCAACCUGAAACACUUCAGCAGGCAUCGCCCAUACCUAAAAGCAUUGUCUUGUUACUUGAUGCUCAUUCGACACUUUAAUGUUUUUCAUUGUCAUUUUUUGAGUUUACCUUAUUUAUAAAGAUCAUAUGAUAUAUAUGAGAAUUUAGGGGUAUUAAGGGAAACAUUAGAAUUGCAGUCUUGGUCAUCUUUCCAGAAAUGUAAUGGUUUGGAAUUAACUAGUUUAUUUAAAAUACUAUUGAAGGUUGGUUAGGCCUGAGCUGUUCAUGUCUGGGAAAAGCACACACAGAACUAGAAUAGACUCCUGCACUGGCUUCUUAAAGAUGUAUAAACAGUAGUCCACUAUCUUGUGAGUGGCACAUCUUCUGAAUAAAAGAGGAACUAAAAAUGUC